GAGAAUCUGACCUCUCAUGUCUCAGGAAAGCCGCAGAGCGGCGAACCGAGUCAACUGAAGACCAAACCUCGCCGGAACGCCGUACAACCACCGAAGACUACAGCAUGUCGCCAGCGACCUCUGCCGCCGCCGUUCCCGUACCCGGCGUCCUCAUCCGCCAACCUCCGUCGACCCUGCGAUCCUCCCCCACCGCCCUCCUCCUCCCCUCGGGGGCUGCGAGGCCGCUCCAAGCGACGUCGGCCUCUCGUCGCCUCCCUGCCUCCGCUGUGCGCGCCCAGAGCGCCGCCGACCCAGGGUACUUGCCUGAAUCGGAUUUCUACAAGAUCGAGGCCAUUCUUAGGCCGUGGAGGGUGCCGCACGUGUCCUCGGGCUUGUUGGAGAUGGGGAUCAGAGGUGUGACGGUGUCGGAUGUGCGGGGAUUCGGGGCGCAGGGAGGGUCAACGGAGCGGCAUGGAGGGUCAGAAUUUUCGGAAGAUACAUUUAUUGCUAAAGUCAAAAUGGAAAUAGUGGUCUGCAAGGAGCAGGUCGAAGCAGUAAUCGACAAAAUAAUUGAAAAGGCAAGAACAGGAGAAAUUGGCGAUGGGAAGAUAUUCUUGAUCCCUGUCUCGGAUGUGGUAAGAAUCCGCACCGGCGAACGUGGGAAGGAAGCUGAGAGGAUGACUGGAGGACUGUCGGAUACGCUGUCCUCUGUGGUGUCGAUCUCAUGAGCCAAACAGAUUGGCUGCCUGCUGCGAGGUCAAGCACGUCCCUCCCCCCUGCCCUUGCAAUUGUAAACUUGCGCAAUAAAACUGCGCAGUGUGUUUCCUGCUAGUGCCGCCCGAAUCAUGCAGUGUGCACUGGGCCUGAUCAAUAAAAUCGGAUGGAAUUUAUGUGAACUUUCCCUCGCUGUUGUUUCUGAACCUAUGCAAGAUGAUGCUAGUUUGGCAACAGGAGGGGUUAAGCUUGUUAAACAUAGUAUAAACCAAAUAUGGAAAUGUAACUAAAUAUGGAGAGACUUGACCGGCUAAGGAUGUAGAUUGUUGUAUAAGUCUAGGACUUUUGUUGUAAAUCUUUUCCUUCCUAGAAUAUCUCCUAGCCGGUCAUGAUCUGCGCCAUAUAUAUGUAUCGCACCAUGUUGUGCGUUUUAAUUAAUCAACACGCAACCGAUGAGGUCUCCGAGUUUGGAGGUUGGCGUUC